GACCCUGGCGUCCGCGAGCCGCAGCACCAGAGGGCAAGCCAGCGGCUCCGCAGAUCUCCUCGCCGCGAGCCCUGUCCUCACUCUGCCGCCGCCGCCGGGGCUGCGCCCGCGGGAAACUUUGCCCCGCGAAGUCCUCUGCCCUCCUGGCGACACCGGGACUGCCCACCUGACGGCCCCCGGGGCCCCGCACAGCGCGCGUGAUUGCCGUGCCUCCCCGCACGGCGCGUCCGCGGCGCCGGGCCGCCAGGAUGCGCUACGCAGACCCCUCUGCCAACCGGGAUUUGCUGGGGAACCGAACUUUGCUCUUCAUCUUCAUCUGCGCCUUCGCCUUGGUGACCUUGCUGCAGCAGAUCCUGUACAGCAGGAGCUACAUCAAGAGAGGCUUCCAGUUUGGUUGGCAGAGGGGCGACCAGCGCGCCAAUUGGACUGGGCUCUUUAAUGACAGCGACAGCCCAACAGAGCAGAACAUCAGUGAAGUCACCUCCAGGUACUUCGAAUUUUACAAAGGCCCUUUAGAGUUUAACUCCACGAGAUGCCUGGAGCUGAGGCAGGAGAUCCUGGAGGUGAAGGUGCUAUCCAUGGUGAAGCAGUCUGAUCUGUUCGACAGGUGGAAGAGCCUCCAGAUAUGCAAGUGGGCAAUGGACACCUCUGAAGCCAGCCUCUUCAAGUCCACCUUGUCCAGAUGCUGCAAUGCUCCUAGCUUCCUCUUCACCACCCAGAAGAACACCCCGGUUGAGACGAAGCUCAGGUAUGAGGUGGAUUCCAGUGGCUCUUAUCACAUCAGCCGGGAGAUCUUCCAGAUGUUUCCCAAGGAAAUGCCCUACUACCGAUCUCAGUUUAAGAAGUGUGCUGUGGUGGGCAAUGGAGGCAUCUUGAAGAACAGCGGCUGCGGGAAGGAGAUCAACAGUGCUGACUUUGUCUUCCGGUGCAACCUGCCCCCCAUCUCAGGGAUGUAUGCCACAGAUGUGGGAGAGAAGACAGAUGUAGUCACUGUGAAUCCCAGCAUCAUAAUUGACAGGUUCCACAAGCUGGAGAAGUGGCGGCGGCCCUUCUUCAGCGUGCUGCAGAGGUACGAGAACGCCUCGGUGCUGCUGCCGGCGUUCUACAACGAACGCAACACGCUCGUGUCCUUCCGCGUCAAGUACAUGCUGGACGACUUCCAGUCGCAGCAGCGGGUCUACUUCUUCCACCCGCAGUACCUGUCCAACGUGUCGCGCUACUGGCUCAGCCUGGGCGUGCGCGCGCGGCGCAUCAGCACCGGCCUCAUCCUGGUCACCGCGGCCCUGGAGCUCUGCGAGGAGGUGCACCUGUUCGGCUUCUGGGCCUUCCCCAUGAACCCCUCUGGCUUCCACAUCACGCACCACUACUACGACAACGUCAAGCCCAAGCCUGGCUUCCACGCCAUGCCCUCGGAGAUCUUCGCCUUCCUGCGCAUGCACAGCCGUGGCGUCCUCCGCGUGCAUACAGGCGCCUGCAGUUGCUGCUGAGAGACAGGCCACCGCGGCUGCCUCAGCUCCCCCCUCCUCCCUGAAGGGUCCCCUGGCCCUGCCAUUCCGGCUGCCAUCAACUCCCUAAGGAUUUGUGUCUGCGUCCUGGGGGAGGGAGGCAGGGAUUGAGUCCGUGCAAAGUCAGCUCUGUCCUAAGCCUCUACUCUGUGCCUCCAUUUAGCUGCUGGGCCACUCUCCGAGGACAGGGGCCUAAUAAGCACAUUUCCUCUCAGUUUCGACUUCCCAGAGAACAUGAACUGUAGUGGCCUGCUUGCAGCUAAUAGGCUAGCGGGUGACACCUUCGCUUAACAGGAGAGAGCACGGGUCCAGGUCUCAUCCAGACCUUGGGCAGUCCAAGGUUCACACCCGGGACUCAGCCGGCGAAUCACCAUCUAGAAUCUCAGGGCUCAGAAGCCAGCCCUUCCAGGGACCAAACAGUGGCUGAGUGUUCUGGUCACACCACCUGGCUGAGCUCAAAAGGCUUCAGGGAUAUCUAAUCAAGGCCAGUGUUAGCAUCUCCCCAAGACUCCGGGAGCUGAGAGCCACGCCCCUUAAAACAAUCCUUGGACACACACAGCCUUGGUGCCUCAAGGUUCCAGCCCGAAUUUAACCUUUGACAAGAAGGAAAUAAACCAGACCAGCCAUUUGCACUAAGAUCUUCAAGCCAAUGUUAUCGACUCAAUAAGUGCUUAGCAAUUUGCUUCCUGUUCUGUCUCCCAGUUUUCAGUUCCAUUUUAAUCAGGAGUUAUUUAUAAAGAUCUGUUCCUCUUCAUGUCCCUGAAUACAGCAGAAUCUUGGUAAACUGUGUUCCUGAAUAGAAAUCAGCAGCUGUAAUGCGCCUUGUCACAUGAGCCUAGUGGAUGGCAGCUAGCUGGGGCUUUGACACGAGCAUCCCUGCUGUUUCUGUUGUGAAGGUGACACAGCCAGGGCACUUGCCUGCCGUGUGCAGACACAGGGAUUCACUAAGUCUGGGGCUAGGGAAGUCAGCAGUGCC